UAGUUGGAGAAAACACUUGAGGAGUGUUCGUGCGCAGAACCCGCAAGACUGAGCCAGAAUCCGAGUGGGAGGGAGGACCAGAGGGGCAAAACAUGGCGAGAUAACAAGUUUUCGCUGCACAUAUUUCACCGCUGGAGCUCGGGACUAUAACCGGAGACCAACGACGUGUUCCGAGUGUCGAUAUCAGGGGCCGCAGUUCCGAAGUAUCACGGCGUCGGGAGAGCUCGCGGUGCUCGUGUUUUCCCGGAAGGCGACUGUCAACACAAAAUGGAAGGAGGAAAGUUUAUCGCGGAGACUUUUAUUUAAACCACCACCACUGCUUCCUCCCGACUAUCUCGAGCUCGCCCUGGAAACCAGGACGGUCGAACCCAUCCUCCCAAGUUCCGCUCGCGCCUUGACGUGUCGCUGUCAUCCGUGAUUUUUCAUCUGACAGGCGGUUCUGGUUCGGUGCGGACGGACCCAGACGCCAUCAUAUCAGACGCUGCGCUCUUGUCGAAUAGACGUUUCUUGCACCCUCGCAGGGUUUUUUUUGUGACUGCGACAUGCUUCGCUCGGUGGGCAGCAGCAGCCGAGACCUGAGUCAAAAUGAACGCAGUGAGGUGUCCGACGACACCGGAGCUGCAGUCCACUGACAAGCUGCCAGCUCUGGACCAGAACCCAUGGACAGCGAGCGGCGUAUUUAUAGCGUGUAUUCCAAGUUCAGAGUGAUAUAACUUGCUUCUUAUUCCUCGGUGACGGCCAGCUACUAGCCAGGCGCCUGGGAGGGUUCGGAACCAUCGACCCAAACACAGCCACAACAACUAGACUGGACUGGUUUUCGGUGUAUUUUUUUGUUAUUGUUGUUGCGUUGCACUGACUCCAGUUCGCGGCUUCUCUCGUCAGCUAACUUGUGAGCUAACUUUCGACAGCUAUGUCUGAAAACGCCCCCACACGAAGCCUGGACGACAUCGACCUCGCUGCCCUCCGGGAUCCAGCUGGUAUCUUUGAGCUGGUGGAGGUCGUCGGCAAUGGGACGUACGGACAAGUGUACAAGGGCCGUCACGUGAAGACCGGCCAGCUGGCUGCCAUCAAGGUGAUGGACGUGACGGAGGAGGAAGAGGAGGAAAUCAAAGCCGAGAUCAACAUGUUGAAGAAGUACAGCCACCACCGAAACAUCGCCACGUACUACGGUGCCUUUGUGAAGAAGAGUCCACCGGGACAUGACGACCAGCUUUGGCUUGUGAUGGAGUUCUGCGGGGCGGGGUCGGUGACUGACCUGGUGAAGAACACAAAGGGCAGCUCCCUGAAGGAAGACUGGAUCGCUUACAUCUGCAGGGAGAUCUUACGGGGCCUUUCUCACCUCCAUGCCCAUAAAGUCAUCCACCGGGACAUCAAGGGCCAGAAUGUUCUGCUCACAGAGAAUGCUGAAGUCAAGCUCGUUGAUUUUGGGGUGAGCGCCCAGUUGGACAGAACCGUGGGCCGAAGAAACACCUUCAUCGGGACUCCGUACUGGAUGGCGCCAGAAGUUAUCGCCUGCGAUGAAAACCCAGACUCCACCUAUGACUACAGGAGCGAUAUCUGGUCAUUAGGAAUCACCGCCAUCGAGAUGGCCGAGGGAGCCCCGCCUCUGUGCGACAUGCACCCCAUGAGAGCGCUCUUCCUAAUUCCCCGGAACCCUCCACCCAAGCUGAAAUCCAAAAAGUGGUCCAAGAAAUUCAUUGACUUCAUCGAAGGCUGCCUGGUGAAGACCUAUCAGAGUCGCCCUUCGACAGAGCAACUCCUCAAACACACCUUCAUCCGGGACCAACCCACCGAGCGCCAGGUCCGAAUUCAGCUGAAAGACCACAUCGACCGCACGCGCAAGAAGAGGGGAGAGAAAGAGGAGACGGAGUACGAGUACAGCGGGAGCGAUGAGGAGGAUGAAAAUCGAGGAGAUGACCGAGAGUCCAGCUCCAUUCUCAACGUACCCGGGGAGUCCACCCUGAGGCGCGACUUCCAGCGCCUCCAGCAGGAGAACCAGGACCGCACGGAGGCUCACAAGCGGCAGGCCCAACUGGCCGCCCAGCGCCGCGACCCAGAGGAACACAAGAGGCAGCUGCUGCACGACCGCCAGAAACGCAUCGAAGAACAGAAGGAGCAGCGACGCCGACUGGAAGAGCAACAGAGGAAAGAGAGGGAGAUGGUGAGGCAGCAGGAAAAAGGUCCCCAUCGGAGACACGACGACAUGAGACGGGAAGAAGACCGGAGGCUGGCGGAGAGGGAGCAGGAGUUUAUCAGGCAUAAGUUAGAAGAAGAGCAGCGACAGUUAGAAAUCCUUCAGCAGCAGCUGCUUCAGGAGCAGGCACUGCUCAUGGAGUACAAACGUAAACAGCUGGAGGAGCAGCGUCAGUCCGAGCGUCUGCAGAGGCAGCUGCAGCAGGAGCACGCAUACCUGGUGUCUCUGCAGCAGCAGCAGGAGAAGAAGCCGCAGCUCUACCACUACAACAAGAACCUGGAGCACAACAACAAGCCCUCCUGGGCCCGCGAGGUGGAGGAGCGGAGCAAGAUGAACAGGCAGGGCUCACCCAAAAUCUGCACCACUGUGUCCGACACGGCCAUUCAGUCCCGCUCUGACUCCAUCAGCCAGUCAGGGGUGGUCCAGUCCGCUCAGACUCCACCCAUGCAGCGGCCUGUCGAACCCCAGGGGGGGCAAGGCAAGUUCCAGAUGGCCCACUUGGUUCCCCUGAAGCCGUACGCGGCUCCUGUCCCUCGCUCCCAGUCUCUGUGCGACCAGCCCACUAAGACCAUGUCCGCCUUCCCCACCCAGGACCCCUCCCUCAACCCCACCCCUCGCCCCAUCCACAGCAGGGAGCUGGUGCGGCAGAACUCUGACCCAACUUCAGAGAACCCGGCACCACUGACCAACCAAAUUCGAGAGGAUCGAGGGCCCUGGAUCCGCCUGCCAGAUGUGGAGCUCCCACCCAAGGUAAUUCCACAGAGAACAGCGUCCAUCGCGACAGCGCUCAACUCAAAUCUCAGCUCUGGGAUCAGACACCCUGUCAGAGCCAGCAAUCCGGAUCUGAGUCGCAAUGAUCGCUGGGAACGUGGCGACAGCAUAAGCAUCAUUUCCAAUCUGCCCCAGACGGGCUCCCUGGAGAGGCACCGCAUCCUCAGUACCUCUAAAAUGGAGUCACCCAUUCUCGCCCACGACAGUCGGCACAAACCAGGGGAGUCUCGCACCUCCUCGCGCCCGGGGCGACCCGCUAGUUACAAAAGAGCCAUAGGAGAGGACCACGGCCUGUAUGCGAAGGAGCGAGCCGAGGAGCAGCCAAGGCCUCCAGCCAAGGCCAACGACUACUCCUCCUCCUCAGAGAGCAGCGAGAGCAGUGAGGAGAGUGAGAACGGCGAGGGAGCCGAGGAGGAAGAGAGCCCCAGCGACCGCCGCAGAGAUGCAGACACUGACUCAGUCAACACCAUGGUGGUGCACGAGGACGAGGGCGCGGGAGAGGUGGAGCAGGCUGGCGGUUAUGGCGACCAGACCAUGCUGGUGCAGAGGACUCCAGAGAAGCGCAGCCACAACGGGUACACCAACCUGCCAGACGUGGUGCAGCCGUCACACUCCCCCACUGACUCAGCCCCACACUCCUCCCCCGGCAAAGAUUCUGUGUAUGAUUAUCAAUCCCGAGGUUUGGUCAAAGCUUCCGGCAAAUCGUCCUUCACCACGUUUGUGGAUCUCGGCAUGUAUCAGUCUCCCGGAGGAACCGGAGACAACAUCUCCGUCACAAGCUCGCGGUUCGAGCAGCUGAAGAUGGAGGUGAGGAAAGGCUCCAUGGUGAACGUGAAUCCCACCAACACUCGCCCUCCCACUGACACACCGGAGAUCCGCAAGUACAAGAAACGGUUCAACUCUGAAAUCCUCUGCGCUGCUCUCUGGGGUGUCAAUCUGUUGGUGGGGACUGAGAACGGCCUGAAACUGCUGGACCGCAGUGGACAAGGCAAGGUUUAUCCGCUUAUCAACUCCAGAAGGUUCCAGCAGAUGGACGUGCUGGAGGGCCUGAACCUGCUCAUCACUAUAUCAGGCAAGAAGAACAAGGUGCGCGUCUACUACCUGGCGUGGCUGCGUAACAAGAUCCUCCACAACGACCCUGAGGUGGAGAAGAAGCAAGGCUGGACCACGGUGGGUGAGAUGGAGGGUUGCGUUCACUACAAAGUGGUGAAAUAUGAGCGGAUCAAGUUUCUGGUCAUCGCGCUGAAGAACGCAGUGGAGGUUUACGCCUGGGCUCCCAAACCGUAUCACAAAUUCAUGGCCUUCAAGUCUUUUGCUGACCUGCCGCACCGGCCCGUCCUAGUCGACCUGACUGUGGAGGAGGGUCAGAGGUUAAAGGUCAUCUACGGCUCCUGCGCUGGUUUCCACGCCAUCGACGUCGACUCCGGAAACAACUAUGACAUCUACAUCCCAGUUCACAUCCAGAGUCAGGUGACACCACACGCCAUCGUGUUCCUGCCGAGCUCCGACGGCAUGGAGAUGCUUCUGUGCUACGAGGACGAGGGCGUCUACGUCAACACCUACGGACGCAUCAUCAAGGACGUGGUGCUGCAGUGGGGCGAGAUGCCCACCUCCGUCGCUCACAUCUGCUCCAAUCAGAUCAUGGGUUGGGGAGAAAAAGCCAUUGAGAUCCGCUCGGUGGAGACCGGACACCUGGACGGGGUUUUCAUGCACAAAAGAGCUCAGAGGCUGAAGUUCCUCUGCGAGCGGAACGACAAGGUUUUCUUCGCUUCGGUUCGCUCCGGCGGAAGCAGCCAGGUCUACUUCAUGACCCUCAACAGGAACUGCAUCAUGAACUGGUGAACGUGGUCCAGGGUCAGAAACCGCCGCAUGCAUACAAACAUCUUUAACACACCGUCACUAGCCUGAAGUGAGACCUCCUGUCAGAAGCUUCACGCAUCCGUACUGUAAAUAUUCCCGCCGACUUACUUUCUCUCCGUGAUGUUAAAAACAUUCCCCAGUGGUUUAAGGAAGGAACUCUAACAAAGCUGUAAAUAGACAAUCUCUGCUCUCGUUCAUUCGCUGCCAUGGAUCGAGGGAUUCCAGUAGCUCACUCAUCUGCACUGGCAACCGCGAGGAUUGUUCGAGGUCCGGCAGUAUCAGGGAGGCCUGGCGACAGCAGCGUGUGGAGAAGGUUCGCGGCUACCUUUUAGUCCAAAGCAUAUUCUUUGAUGCCAUCUCAGCUUUAAAAGGUAUUAAUGAUAAAAGCAGUCGCUAGAGUUCGUGUCGCUGUGCCAGUGUUCUUUUCUCUUCUUAGUUUAAUGGUUGCUUUAUGAAUGAAAAGAAGUUUGGUAUUUAUAUGUAGUAAUUCUGUACCGAUACAAGCACAGUCCAGUCGCCAGAAACCAGAACCAGCUGUGUUUCAAUCCACAAGAAAGACACAUGUAUUUUUUAUUUCUUCAAUGAAUAUAAUGUCUGAAACUCUGGACAAGAAGCCAAGAUCUUCAGCUUCAAUAAUUCCUGUACUGUACUGAAAUGUUUGUUUCCUGUGUUUCCUGCUGGUCUGGUUCUCAAGUGACUGCUCUGUGCUUCUACUCUUCUUCUACUGUAAUUAUUCCGCAAUAUGCGGUGUUGUGUGGUUCGGCCGUCGCAUGGAGAGUCGGUGUGACGUGCAGACGGAAGAAGAAAGCAGUGGGUGAAAAAGGAGGGCGCUGACCCUCCUCUUUCUGAAGUCUUCUACUGUACAGUAAUUUAGUUCCUCUGGAGUGAAAGUCGAGUCAGUGAAAAGGUUCAGGUCACGCGGCGACUAGUUUCAGCAAUAGAACAGGCCGAUGCUGGUGAGGUGAUAAGGACACUCUAAUUCCGGAUUUAAAAAAGUGUUUUUUUGUAAAUAAAAUAGUGAAGAAAGUUUAAUGGCAAUUCCUCAUACUCAACAGCAGGUGGCGCCAGACCGCAACUGCAUGAGUCGACUUUAAAAUAGCAAAUCUAUUCAUUUGUAGUUUAUUCCUUUCGAAUAUAUAUAUAUAUAUAUAUAUAUAUAUAUAUAUAUAUAUAUAUAUAUAUAUAUAUAAAACUUAAUUUGGUUUUCUCCAGCACUUGGUAGAAACUGUUCUCUAAAGAUUUUACUCUCUUAACUUUGCACAUAUUUACCAACCAAAACACCCACUACAUGCUCUUCUCUCGUACUCUUCAGCCAUCUUUCAGGUGGGUUAGUAAUAGUAUUGUAAUAAAACGGGUUGAUUCUAACAUUGAAAUAAUCGGUUCGAUUUGCGACACAUUCAUGGAUGUUCGUAGCGACACAUUAUGUAAUUAGAUGUAACAUUUUCAUUCGCUCGUGAUUUAGUGUGUUGAUAUUUGUCUCAUCAUUUUGUGGUGACGUCUAUGAAACGUAAUGUGUCGUUACAUAUCGCGUCUCUCCAUGUGUUGACGUCACCAUCUUGCUUAACAGGGACGGGUUGCUGUGGUUUAGUACGUUGGCUACGCUAGCAUCUCGCUACGCUAGCAUCUUGCUGCAGCUAACAUCUCUCUUCAGCUAGCAUCUCGCUUCAGCUAGCAUCUUGCCAUAGCUAUCAUCUCGCUUCAGCUAGCAUUUUGCUGCAGCUGUCAUCUUGCUACGCUAGCAUCUUGCUGCAGCUAUCAUCUCGCUGCAGCUAGAAUCUUGCUGCAGCUAUCAUCUCGCUGCACCUAUCAUCUUGCUGAGCUAGCAUCUCGCUAUGUUGCAUCUUGCGGUAGCUAUCAUCUUGCUGCAGCUAGCAUCUCGCUGUGCUAGCACCCCACUGCAGCUAGCAUAUCGCUGCGCUAGCACUGUAAUCAGGAAGGGUUGUGUAGAUAGCGCGCUCUCCUCGUGGUCUCGUCACCGUUGUGUAAAUAGUAAACUCGGACACGACGCAUGCUGUGAUCAACGAGGUGUUUGUUGCGAUGUGUGUUUAUCGGAACUUGCAUGUCGGUUUCCUACUUCAUUCUCCCGUUAUUUUUUUUCCCCCCUCCACCAUCCAGGAGGGUUUUCGUCGUCCGAUCAUGUUUACAGCUUAAGCAGUGCCUUGGAGUUGAGAAGGAUCAGAACGCACAUCUGAGUCUCUUACUUGAAGUCCCACGGAGAAGAAGAGACCGCUCCCUUAUUUGGAAUCCGAUUUUGUGCCAGUAAAAAAAGUGCGCUUACAUCCCACUAGGGGGCGUCGAAAAUUCACAUGUUUCACGUGUAGAGCUGCAAUAAGAGAAGAAGCCUGUCGCGGUGGUAGUCAGCAGAAAAGCCAUACCAUGUCGGUGGUUCAGCAGGUAGUUGGGGAGAUUAGCUCCACUUAUCCUGAGAUUUUAUAAGAUAUGUAAGUAGUCGAUCUUGAGAUUAGCAGUGAAUGUACAUCUAUGAGACAGAUUUGUAUUUAUAUAUAAAUAUAUAUAUCAAGUGUUCUGCUCUAUUAAUCAAAGCACAAUGUGUUUAACAGCAGAGAGAUUAAAGCUUCACCUGAGACUUUCGUUCGCUCCUUCUCGUUGAUGUUGUGUGUGCGUGUGCGCGCGGGUGUGUGCGUGUGAGCAGCCGCGAGCCGGGAGAGGUGGGCGGGGCUCAGGUGAUGGCGUCUGACCUGCUGCAGGGGGCGCUGCGCUCGCGUCGUUUACUGGCUCUUGGUGUGACAUGUUUAUGGACGAUUUAAAAGAGUCCGGUGCAGUCAGCAGAGCUCUGUCCCAAAAUGCUUGAAAUAAAUGUUUUUUUUUUUUUUUUUUUUAGAUUUGACAGUCCAAACGCUGUAAAACAUUUUGUGACGUCUGGAACUCGUGUCCUCCUCUUAAAUUAAAUAACAAUAAGAAGUAUGCUGUUAAGAAGAUGCAAGUAAACUCUCGGUCGAGAGGAGUCACUGUGUUUUACGGACGGAGGCGGAGCUUGUUGCCCAAGAAACCUUUAAAUGAGGAACUGCAGUUUGAUAUCGCAGUGAGACUUAUUCAGAAAAUAUUUGUAAAUUCUUUUUUUUAUUUUUGGUUUGGAAUCGUUUUUCGAUCGAUUUUUUUUCCCCAGAAAUUUAAAUGUAUUUUUAUUUAUAUAUUUUUAUUUUUAUUUUUGUCUUUUUUCGAAAUUGAAAACUUUCUUUUUUCAUUUCUGAUUUUUUUGUUUUAAAACUCUUUUUCCAAUUCAGAAUUCUCUUUUCCGAUUUCUCCUGAUUCUUUUGACCCAAAUUCAGCAUUUUGGGAAAGAGCUUUUCAUGCACUGUCACCUGUCUGAUCUGAUGAUAAAUAACAAAAGAAGCCAUUUUUAAUUCUAUUCCCAGUGAAAGUAUUGUAUGAAACUAGAGCUGCAUCUUUGUGUCGGAGACAGCAGCAGCUUGCUAUUGAGGGAAUAAAGAGGGAACUUUAGACACUGGUCAAGUGACUACGAAAGCAGCUUUUUUUUAAACUUAAAUGUAUCUAAAUGGGCACUCCAGUUUCCUCCCACGUGGUGAAGAGUUGAGUCUAAACUGUGCGCCAAGAGCCAUGACCUUUGACCGUCGCGCAGCUAGUGUCGGUGUUUGCACGCUGAGGGACCAAAGGUGGAAGAAACCCCAGAGGCUUGACUCUUUAGAGCAAUACAAGGGUCUGUACCAAUGAAAGCUGUCGGUUUGCAGCAGGUGAAGACUCGGUGGCCUUCGGCUGUUUAGUGUGUCGCUUCCUCCAAAACCCCUUUUACUUUGGUCUCGAUGUCAAAUAAGUGCUGGUGUCGUUCCAUACAAUCGGUUGUCGUCGUGAUGCUUCUUCUUUUGCUAUAAAUCCCAGUGAUUGCCUUUCAGAGCGAAGUGAACCAAGAGACGGACUUUAUCUGAGACAGAUUUAUAUUUGUAAUUAUAAUCCAGUGGCUGGUGGAGUCGGGAGGAGGAGGAGCACAUCGAAUCAAAUCUUUGGACAAAAAAUAGGAAAUGUUCUUAUUUUGUAUGUUUUUUUUUUGUUGAAUGAUGGUUAAUAUCUUUUGACGUGUGCUUGAGUCUGUGUUCUUCGUUUGAGGUAACUCUAGAUUGUAUUUCAUAGAUUGAUCAAACUUUCAAAAGAUUGUGUUGAAUGAAUUCAUGUCUUAAUACAGAAAUGUUUGGAAAAAAUAAAAUCUAUUGAUCUCUUC